GCCCAUCCUUGACCUUCAUGGCCCAUCCUUGACCUCUGUGACCUUUUCCGUAGGGAAACACCUUCCAGGCUGUGCUGACCACUGACUCCAAAAUGUUCUACGUCAUCCUCAACUACGGGGACAUCCAGUGGACCACGGGGGCGGCGAGUGACGGGGACGCUGAGACAGGACUCGGAGGGACCCCAGCGCAUGUGGGAUUCAAUAGCGGUGAUGACACCAACUUCUACAACAUUCCCGGAUCCCAAACUGAUGCCAUCAUCAACAUCACCACCACCUCCAACGUCAAGGUCCUGGGACGCUGGGUCGUUCGGGUGGACGACUUCCAGGUGACAGGUGUGGACACCCCCCAGCCAAACCAGGACAAUGGCUGCUGGUUAUAAGUUGGGUUU